CAACAGAAGUUACUAGAAUACAGUAAAAUAUGUUUUAUUGCAGGUCAGGUGGACUUUUUGGAGGCGUUGUGAAAUUCAUGCUGGAAUAACAACAAAAAAUAUUAUUAUUAUUAUUUUUUUUUUAAAGUUCUUAUUUUUAAAACCUGUUUACAGUUUACAAAUGUAAAGAUGUAAAGAUCUCGAGUGUUAAUAACGCCAUGCUGCUAUAUUUAUCCUGCAGAAGUGGACUUCAGCUGCCGGGACGUGAGUGUUGACCAACUACAGAAUUAUUACACAAUUAUGCUCAUUAUGCUUAAGAGCUUAUUUUAAUACUAGCGCGUGUGUGGGCUUGAUUGAGUCACGUGACUCAGAGGCAACGUCAGUCAUCAAUAUAAUCAUCAUCAUCAUCAUCAUCGGUCAGUCAACGCGCGCGCGAGCCGCUUGAGGCUCAUGGGCUUCCCCUAGUGAAACCCCUCGCGCGCUUCCGUCAUUGGGUUCCAGUAGUCGCGCGGAGAAUGCUGAAGCCGCUCCGGUGAUGGAGGCGAGCGCGCGCUCCUGUUCCUCCGCGUGCCUGCCGCUCUUCUUCCUCCUCUUGCUCUGUGUCUCGCGGACGUCCGCUUUCCUGAACCCGUUCAGCGAGUGCACGCAGAGCCGCGGGAGAGGCGCGUCAUACCGCGGCUCGGUGGACGUUACAGAGUCGGGCGCGCGGUGCAUGAACUGGACCGAUGUGAGCGGCGUGACCGCGCGCUAUCCCGGCAAAGGACUCGGCGAGCACAACUUCUGCAGGAACCCGGACGCCAGAAUCCGGCCCUGGUGCUUCUUCCGCAACGCGCGCGGACGCAUCGACUGGGGCUACUGCGACUGCAAACAAGGGUCUGUGCGCCUGCAGGGUGGCAGGUCUAAGCUGGAUGGGACAGUAGAGGUGUACAUGAAUGGUGCGUGGGGGACGAUCUGUAGCAACGACUGGGACGACAGAGAUGCUCAUGUGGUGUGUCAACAGCUUGGGCAAGGGUAUAAAGCCCGGGCGCGUGCGAGCUCCCUCUCUAGGCUGCCUCUGGCUGUAGUGCACUGGAGGACGAUAGGGUGCAGCGGGGAUGAAGCCGACUUGCUGCAGUGCCCUCGAUCGGUUUGGAACGGAGGAGAGUGUGCUAACCGACAGGCCGCUGCUGUCACCUGCACUCCAGUGGAGGCUGCGUCGUUCGUACCAGUGCGUCUUUCUGGAGGAGCGACUGUAUACGAAGGCCGAGUGGAAGUGUAUCACGCGGGGCAGUGGGGCACAGUGUGUGAUGACCAGUGGGAUAAUAACGAUGCUGAGGUGGUGUGCAGACAGCUGGGCCUGGGCGGUACGGCUAAAGCCUGGGUCGGGGCGUAUUUCGGCGCCGGUGUAGGCCGUGUGCUGCUGGAUGAAGUGAGCUGUACAGGAAAUGAGCUUUCUAUAGAGCAAUGCCCGAAGACAGCCUGGGGAGAACACAACUGUGAUCACACCGAGGAUGCCGGGGUGUCCUGUACACCACUUACAGACGGUUCGGUGCGCUUGGUGGGCGGAGCUGGAGGGUUUGAGGGAAGGCUGGAGGUUCACUAUCAAGGCCGCUGGGGAACAGUGUGUGAUGACGGCUGGACAAGCACCAACACACAGGUCGUCUGCAGACAACUGGGCUACAGGUCGGGUCAGAGUGUGAACCCGGAGCGUUUCGGCACGCCUCCUGGGCCGAUUUUACUGGACGACGUGAGCUGCACAGGGAAAGAGCCGGCACUCGCACACUGCGCCAAGAGAGAGUGGCUUCGACACGACUGCAAACACACAGAGGACGUGGCUGUAGUCUGCAGCACCCAACGCACCGGACAUGGAGUACCAACCAGUGUACCGGUUCGACUGGUGGGCGGGGAGAACGAGAGAGAAGGGCGGGUCGAAAUCCUAGUGUCCGGCCAAUGGGGGACGAUCUGCGAUGACGGAUGGACAGAUGAGGACGCAGAGGUGGUGUGUAGACAGCUGGGCUACAGCGGUGCGGCCAAAGCUCGUGUCAUGGCGUAUUUUGGAGAAGGUCACGGGCCUAUUCACGUCGACAACGUGAAGUGCACAGGUGCCGAGCGCUCGUUGGCCGACUGCAUCAAGCAGCCAAUCGGGAGCCACGACUGUCGCCACAGCGAAGACGCCGGAGUCAUUUGUAACUACGGGCAACGGGAUAACAGCACCCGGGUCAAAGCAGAUGUCGCAAGCUCUGUGUGUGGUUUGAGGCCCACACACACUCGGAGGAAGAGGAUCAUCGGUGGACAGAACUCGCUCCGGGGCGGGUGGCCGUGGCAGGUCGCAGUGCGACUACGCGGUUCUCCGUCAGACGGGCGGCUGGUGUGUGGAGCCACUCUGAUCAGUAGCUGUUGGGUCCUAACGUCAGCACACUGCUUUAAGAGGUACGGUAACAGCACCAGUACGUAUAAAGUACGCGUCGGCGAUUAUCACACCCUCGUUCCCGAAGAACACGAGGACGAAUACGGCGUGGACAGACUCGUCCUGCAUCCUCGCUAUCGUCCGCAGAGCAACGACUACGAUCUCGCUCUGGCGCGCCUGACCCAGCACGGAGGUCACAGCGGGGAGUGCGUGCGCCAGAAUCACGCCGUACUUCCUGCGUGCUUGCCGGAAUGGAGGGAAAAAGCGCCGAAGGACUUGACUAAGUGUUACAUUACUGGCUGGGGAGACACGGGACGGGCGUACUCGAAAACCCUGCAGCAGGCCGCCAUCACGGUCCUGGGCAAGCGCCAUUGCGAGCGUCACUAUGGCAACCGGCUGACCAGCCGCAUGCUGUGCGCUGGCUCGGCCCUCAGUGGUCACCAUGUGGACAGUUGCCGUGGCGACAGCGGUGGCCCAUUGGUGUGCGAGAGAGGUGGCAGCUGGACCGUGUACGGUGUCACGUCCUGGGGUCACGCGUGCCGACUGCAAGACUCUCCGGGCGUGUACACCAAAGUGUCCGCCUUCAUGCCCUGGAUCACGAAGGUCACUAGCCAAUAGGAGACGAGAUCCACGCAAAAAAAAAGCACAAGAGGCGUCAUUACUGGUUAAGACGGUCAAUAAGGGUAAUCACGAAUUAGAACGAGAGGACGACUUUGUUACAGUCUGUAAUCACGGAACUUUACGAGCCGUUGUAUUGAAAACGAUAUGAUAACUACGCUGGCUCACAUUUUACCCAUCUUUUUCUUUCUUUCUUUUUUUUCUUCCUCCUAUCGUUUAAUUCUAGCACUUGAAAGUAAAGGGAUUUGGUUAAAGGGACCACUAUGUACAGUACGUACACAGGGAACUAUGAAAUAUGAAAUAUACAUGACACUAGUUAGUUCAUGUACAUACAUGUUACACAUUACAGCUGGCAGUCUGAAAGUACUUUCUCUCUAUUGUGGGAUUUAAUCGCCCGGCCGUUGCUAAGAAACGGACAGCAUCGCUGUAGUGCCGACUUCGUUAAUUCCUCCCUGGAAAGAUGACAUCAUUUGGCGCGUGAUGAGCCAAGCACCGAGAUCCGACGCGUCUUAAGUGGGGAGAAAUGUAUUUCCACGAGUAAGGGCUCGCACAAGCUUAUAAAGAAAAUCCUCAGUGAGCGCAAACGUAUUCAACGGAUCGAUGCCCGACCGGUCGGAUUUGAGAAUUACAAUAUAAUGCCGUCGGAACUUUAGAGUCUAGCUAAAAAAAAACAAACAAAAAAAAAACAACCAAAGAAUUGUAGCUAUAAUAAAAUAAGGAAAGAAAUAAAUAAUGCAAUGUAAUCCUGAACGUCUCGGAUAUCGGCUUGACGCAUUUAAGAUGCACACGGCAUUAAGACAGAUUUAGCAAGACCCGUGUCAUGUCCCAUAUUCAUGGCCAGGUUCACAAUCAAAACGUUACUUAACAA